GGUUUUUAAUGUUACAGACAUUUUGUUUCGAAAUUUUAGUAAGUUUUGUUACACUAAGAGACAAAAAUACUGCUUACCGACGAUGAGCAGAGAACAUAUCUUUAGUUUGACACUUUAAAAUUCAUGGUUGACAAUGAGUGAGGUAAGUGUGCUGGAGUUAUUGGAUCAAUUGUGUGAUCUCCAUCUGGGUGAAAGAAAACGAGCCCACAGACUACAACCAAAGAGAACUAGAGAUGAAACAAAAAGACACUUGAAGAAAGUUGCAUUGAAUUGUUUGUUUGGAUACCUAAAGAAUAACCCAGAGAAAACUGUACAGAGAAAAGUGCCGUUCGGAAGUGAAAUAGAAACUGUGCUGCUAGAAGUGUACAAGCUUCGACUUGAGAGGAAAUUUGAAGAUGCAGAUAAAUUGGAGGCACUUUUUAAUCAGUUGAGGAAAGGGACUAGCAAUCCUGAUACAUGGAAAUAUCUCAAGUUUAUAGUUGCUUUAAAGAAUUCUGCAGACAUACAGACCAAGUCAAACUUUGGGGAAGAUGUUUUUCAUUUUCCUUUAAUAGGAAGAAACAAAAGGCAGGAUGCAUUACAACAAGGACCUCUUUGUUAUGGAGACGUGAACAAUACAUUGGUCUGCUCACAUUAUUACACACAUUUUCCAAGAGCAGUAUUUCAAAGAGAAUUCCCUGAACUGAUGAAAGAGAAUGAAAAAUCUGUUUGCCAAGCAUUUAGGGCAACACCAGGACAGUUUUUGGGACCAGAUUGUUUGUUUACAACAAAGUUUCUGCUUGAUGAUGACCAUGAGCAGAGAACUCAGAGAAGUUUAUUUGGUGGCCUGACUCAAGCCAAAUGUACAGACCUAGAAGUCAGGCUGGAGUUACCUCGCAUUACCUCCUUGCCAGAGUUGAAAAUCCCAGAAUUUAAACCAAGACUCUCACAUUCAGAGUCUGAAGAAUCUGGGUUGGGCAGUGAGUGUGCUUCUAUGUCCAGUUCAGUGGUCAGUAACAACACAUCAGGAUACGAUGAUUCCAUCUGGGAAAAUGCUCUUUCUGAUACGUUGUCGGAACAUUUCUCCUGGGAGUGGCGAGGAUAUCAACCUGGGCCUACAGAGAGACCGUUCCUCACAGAGGCUGGCUCUAGCGUCCUUGACCUUCUUGUACAGUACAAGCAUAAAAAUUCCAGCCUGUAUGUGCAUGAGAGCACGAGUCUUCACCUGGUGACUGUGGACGUGGAUGUGUUGAAGCAACAUGUUCUAGGGAUGUUGACUGGAGUGCCAUCUGUCUUGUUCCCACUGAAUCAUGAAAGACAAUGUUUUGAUAUCAUUGACGGUCUGCAUAUCUCGGGAACGUUUCCUGAAAUGUUGAGUAAUGUUCUGUCAGAGUUCAUGAAUUGCGGGACAUUCUAUGUGCGUCUGGUGGAAUUCUCCAAACCUCCCGUGCUUGACUCCUUCUACACCUCUGGCCUCGUCUUUCAAGCAUUCUGUUCUGCCAUUAGCACAAUUCUUCACCAGUUCUCUGCUGAGAUACUCAACAUCCCCUCAACACUGACACUGAUGGAGCUGAGUGAUUACUUACAUCGAUCUAUGCAGCAGAUUAGAUAUUUGGCUCAACUGUGCAAAUGUUGCGACCAGCCGGUCAACAAAGUGAAUCAAAACUUAUUCCCAAUAGGGAUGUCACUCUUGUCUUACCUUUAUGAAGAGACGCAGAUGUCUGCAAGUUCUCCUCACUAUGCGAUGUUUCUGUCCAUUCUGCAGACGUCUUGUUCACCUUUGAUCUUGUUUCUCAGAGACUGGAUCUUUCAUGGGAUAUAUAGAGAUUUUUAUGGAGAAUUCAUAAUACGAAUAGAUGAAAACUAUUUGGAUUGCAGAGAUGAGCUGUACUGGAAGAAAGCCUACACUUUAAAGACCUCAGAAGAACAAGGGCAGGCUGUCCCAGAGUUCCUCCUUGACAUCAUCAACAACACAGUCACCUGCGGCAAGUCCAUCAACUUGCUGCGUAUUUGUAACCCUCAGCACUUCCUCUGUAAUGUAUCAGAGAGUAGCCUCCCUCCUGUGACCAUCACCUACUCCCAGAGCUACAUCAGAGAGAUACACAGAUACUGCGAGACAUAUGUCAGCAGAAUGCAGCAAAUCUCUAGACAGAUAACUGAAGACAGACAAGAGUUAAUCAAAAGAGUCGAAAGAGAAAAGCAGGAACUCCAACACACCGCCAGAGUGAUAGCACAGAGAGAAAUCAGCAGACUACAAGGUGUUAUUGAUGAUAGAAAGGUCAAGGCUGAUGCUAAGAAAAGAUCUGAAUUUGCUCGUCUGAAGAAACAGAUGGAGGAAGACCUACAGAGACGUUCCGGUGAACAAGAAGAAGAGAGAGAAGCUGACCGCCAGUAUAUUGCCAGAAUUAACAAAGAAGAAGAUGCUUUGACAGAACAUGAAAUACAAUUGGAGAAGCAGGCCAGGGAUGACUUGAUAGCCUACUACACAGAACUUAGUGAAGAAGCCAUUCACAGAGAGAGAGUUGCCUUGUGGAGAAUCAGGAGGGCGCAACUGGAAAAUGCAAGAUUUUUAUUUCUGGAAGCAGACGCAAAAAGAUGGCAACAAGAAUUGCAGAACUAUCAGGACAAUGUUGAUGGUCGACUCUCCCCUAGUCUUCCUCGAUGGGCAGAGAAAGCCUCUCACAGAGAAGUGCCUCUUGAAGUUGAUGAUGUUGAAGAAAUAUCUAUCCCCAGAUGGGCAGCGAGGGAGUUGUCCAGUACCAGCAGUGCUGAGGACAUUGGCAUUCUCGAUGAUGAUGUAGCCCUGCCCAAUUGGGCCCUUAGAGCUGAUCAUUCCCCCCAUCCACAUACCAGAAUUGUUUCUGGUGGGGGUGAAGAUGACGGUAGUGACCCUAAAGAUUUAAAUAUGGAAGAUAAUGAACCUAUCAACAAGAUACAACUGCCCAAACCUUCUAGCUCCACUGAAACAUUUUAUCAAGAAUCAAAACCUCAUAUUCAAAAAGUGGGUGACAGUCAUGUCAGCAAUCAAUCCACAGAUGUGGUCACAGCAAAGCCAACGAUCAAAAUGGCGAAAGGUGUGGCAGCCUCGUCAGAGUCUCAGGAGGCUGUAACGAAACCUCACAUUAAAUCCUCCAUCCACAUGUCUGCAACUAAAGAAUCGGAUCCGUCUACCGCAGGUCACAGAACUCAUCUCAAGUUUCAAGCAGGCCAGCAGGUUGGCCAAGAAAGCCACCAGGAGAGAGCUCUUGUUCCAAGGAAACAAAAAGGCUUUGUUAACAUUUCAUCUGAGACCGAGAGCAAAAUGGUCAUCAAGAAACCCAGCAAGUUUGGCCACAUCUCCCAAGUGUCCAACUCCAGCUAUGUUCUCACUGUGCCCAAGUUGAGACGGCAGAACCACCUGCACGCCAACAUGGAGUCUAGCUAUAAAGACUUUGCCAUCAGGUCUCAAGUGCGUGCCAGCAAAAAAAUGUUUGCCUCAAAGGAGAGUGGCGAGGCGGGCCAGCAAGAAUAUCGGCCACACAUUCGCAUUCUGGGCAAUAGAAACGCAAACACAGAGUCUCUGCAGGUGGAUGAAAAUGCUUUGAUUCGCCAAAAGUUUUUAGCCCAAAACUUUCGAGGCCAUUCGUCAGACUCGACUGUCCAGAAACUGAUUUACGGGGAUGUUGACAGAUUAAAAGCCAUCUCUGAGGAUCACACAGAUGGUCCACUGGACAGAAUUAGUUUUAAGGCAAGACUUCCCUACACAUCAGACUUGGAUCCGGCAGAUUUCCUUGAACUAGGGCAAGAACUUGUCUUGGAUAUUGUGCCCAAUAGGUAUGUGCUGGACUUGGGUAAAGAUUUGGUAGAUGCUGUCAUCAUCAGUCGAGACGAGAUUGAGGCCCACAUGUCGACUCCCUUGUCUGUACUGUUGAGCUGUUCCUUGACAGCACCCAUUCAGGCUCAGAUGUCGUUGGUCAAUUCUGCGAUUAUCAAUUAUUUUACACAAGAAUUGAAAGUGGACAGCCAUUUUGAAGCAAUCAAAAGAUUUUUGUUGAUGGCGGAUGGAGAUUUUGCGGAAAUUCUCGCCAAUAUUUUAUUUGAAAAGCUUAUCACUAAUCCUCUGCCCCAAGAAAUGAUCAACCCAGUCUUUCUGAAUGGAGCACUGACCAAAGCCAUCAGAUCCUCCAUUCAUUCCGAUGAUGUCAAUACAAAAAAUUUGAAUUUUGUGCUGAAAAGUCUUCCCUCGGUUCUUCUACCUAAUGACCCAAACUCACUGAAAUGUCUGGAGCUUAGAUACAUUGUGAGCUGGCCACUGACCAUUGUAUUUAAUGAAUCCUGCAUGAAGAAGUAUUACAAUAUCUUCAACUUCCUGCUCCAGAUCAAGAGGGUUGUCUGGGUUUUAAAAGAUGUUUGGCAUCAGUUGAAGAGAGAUGCUGUGAUACACAAGGCAGGAAACUCUGCGCAAUUCAGACAGCUUCAGCUUUAUAGGCAAGAGAUGCAACAUUUUGUGAAGAUGAUGCAAGGCUACAUCACCAAUCAGGUCAUCCAUGUGUCCUGGCAGGAGUUCCAAGCUGAUCUGAACCAACCCAUUGAUGGCCUUGACCAGCUGUGUUCUCUACAUGAACGAUUUGUGGACAGGUCACUCUUCAGAUGUCUGCUGGACAAUAAAGCUGUGAAGGUGAUGAAGAUCAUCCAAGACAUCUUCUGUCUCAUCUUGAAGUUCAGGUCCCAGCUGGUCAGUGCCCAGUGGCAGCAAGAUGCUGGACAGAAGACUGUGGUUCAUGGAAACUUUGCUGUCAUGGUCAACACCUUCCAGUCUUUUCACAUGUACAGCGUGUUCUUGUUUAAAGUGGUGAGUCGGCUCUCACAGAAAGGUUACCAGCCCCACCUCCAGGAGUUACUCUUACAACUAAACUUCAAUAACUAUUACACGCAGGCCAGCGACUAAGUUGAAGGGUUACGUAAACAACAAAUCAAGUGCAAUACCAAGGGACACAAUUCUGAUAGGUUCCGAAUAGCAGUACAAGUAAUAUCCAAGAAAUACAACGCAGUAUUUGACUACUAUCAGGUGCUUUACUACUGUCAACUUUGACCCAGAAUCAGGGGCAUUACCAUUUAAUCUAGACCACAAAUUGCAUGCCAUACAAAGAUUGGCAUUCAUUUGUACUGGUCUUCAUAAUAUUUUUUAGUUUGAUAAUACAUCAGAAAAUUCAGAAACAUCUAAAGCGUGCUAGGCUUAUACAUGUUCUUGUAUUUCUAUCUGCAUGUAGACUACAUGUGAUAGAAACGAGAACCACUGUUCACACGUAGGCAAACUCUGUGACUUAACAAAAUAAAAGACCUUAUAAUGUUAAUUGACUGUUCAUUGUGUAUAAGGGAUUAAAUCUGAACAGAAGCACAGUAUAGGCAUUAUUACAGAAGAUGUAAGUCUGUAAAAGAUUCUUUAUAAAUGGUUAUGUAAGGGUUGGGCUGGCUGUGAGGCUCACUGUGUCCCUUGUAUUAAUAUUACUAAAUUGAAUUCCAAGCAGACUUUACUGUUAUCUGCUCAUUGGUGCUUUUGCCCAAAGGCCGGUUUAGCAAAUUUUUCCCUGCCCAGAAUGGAAUGUUUACGAAUUGUUUGAAAGGAUUCUUGUAUUAUGAAUGCCCAUGAAUUAAGCACAUGGUGCUGUUCCUCUAGUGUUCACAAUAGCACUGAAUUGUCAGGAGCAUGUGAACAAGUCUCUGAACACAAAAUAUUGUAUCGGAAAAAAAAAUAUUCGUUACUAUAUCAACUGAAAAAGUUUUGUUUGCUGUGACUAUUUAAGUAUAGGUUUCCAUUUUCUUAAAUACAACAAUGGAAUAUCUUUUUUAUGCCAACUUUUCCCUAACAAAACAUGAAUCAAAAAAAAAAAAAAUAUAUUUUAUCAAUUAGUGGCAAUUAAUGAAUUUUGUUUUAUGUAGACUAUAUUUAAAAAAAACUCACU